CCAGUCCUGCCUCGCCAUGGACCUGGUGAUGCGUCUCGUGCGCGCUCUGCUCCUGCUGGCCCUGUUGCUGGCAGUAGCCCCCUUGCCAGGAGCGGCCAAGGAGCUCUGCCCAGAGCCCUGCCGCUGCCCAGGCCGCGGGCGGCUGAACUGCGGCCACGCCGGCCUGGCCACCGUGCCCCCGUCCAGUCGCCAACGAGCCCUGGCCGUCCUAGAUUUCACUGGUAACUCCAUUGCUGCUGUUGGAAAACAAGCCUGGAAGGACUACCCAUGGACUGAGACCUUAGUGCUCAGGGACAAUAAGCUGCGGGCAGUGAAGAGCCAUUCCCUGGAGGGGCUGUUCCUGCUGAAGCACCUGGAUUUGUCCUGCAAUGAGAUCCUGUCCAUUGAGGAACGGGCUUUUGAGCCACUGCCUUUCCUGAAGUUUCUAAAUCUCUCCGGGAAUGGCCUCACACGGAUCCGCAGCGGCGCUUUCCAGGCCUGGCAUGGGAUGCAGUUCCUCCAGGAGCUGAUCCUCAGCCACAACCCGCUGGCUGUCAUUGCUGACGCUGCCUUCUUCAAGCUGCCCUCAGUGAGCUCUCUAGACCUGAGUGCCACCCAAGUGACUCCACAGUCGCUGCUGCUGCUGCUGCAGUCCACAGUGAGCUUGGAAACCCUCCAAGUGCCCAAGGAGGCGGCCUGCUGCCUGUGCCAGGAGCGUCCCCGGCCCGAGAGCCCCUGCAGGACCAUCCAGUUCCUGUGCCAGAAGCUGUGCAGCACCAGCGCCCCGCAGUGCGCUCACACAACUCUGCUACAGACACGGGGAGAAAUAAUGGACAUGGAAGAACGCAGAGAGCUGAACAGCAGCCCAGUGUUGAGCCUCAAGCCCAAGGAGCCUUCACUGGGAGAUCAUGGAACUGUGACGCUUGAGGUUGCCCUGACCCCGAGCACUGAGGGUGAUGUCAGCAGCCUGGACAGUUCCAGAACAAAUUCAUUUGCCCCUCAGCAUCUCUUGGGGCACAAAGGCAAAACAAGUGCUGAUGACCUGAGGGCCAAGCUCAAGAAGAAGCUGCACAAGUCUAAAAGCACCAAGACUGCAAAAACCAUUGUCCCACACCAGCCCCAGCCUGCCUGGCUGAAGCAUGUGGUGGAAAAGACACCCUCAAGCUGGGAUCACAAGCAGCAGGAGUCACAUUUGAACCGGCAAGCAUUAAACCCCUGGGAUGUAGCUGGUGGGUUAAAACCCACUCAUGGCAAGUCGCUUGACAGACCCCUCAGAGAUGAGGUGGAAGGUCAAGCUCCAAGGCAGAACUACAUUAUGACAAUCAAAGAGCAGCAGGACAGCCAGCAGAAGCAACUGGACUCAAGAUUGAACUGGCAAAUACUAAACCCCUGGGAUGCAGCUGGUGGGUUAAACCCUAAUGAUGAUGACUCCAUUUCUGGACACCACAAAGAUAAGGAGAAAGAUCCAGCUCCAAGGCAGAACUUUGUCAAUUUUCACAAACAGCCAAAGAAGCAGGACAGCCAGUACUGGGUUGGACAUAAUCGGCUUUUCUACCAGGUGUUGAGCCCUGUGAAAGCAGAGGGAGAGCCCAGAGCCACUGGCACCAAAGAUGAGCAGCGUCUAAACAGGAACCUGGAUUUUCUCUCUGACCCGUUGGUUCAGAGCCGCCCCACUGCGAGCAGCGGAGGAGGAGCCACAGCUGAAGAGGAGCAGUCCUCUCUAGGUGGGCACCUCCUGAUCAUGCCUGACACCAGAGACACGCACGGGAAGCAGCAGGAAGAAGGAUCCAGGUUCCUCAAUAAACCUUGGAGCCCCCAAAGUCCAGACCUUGCACCGGUUCCAGGAGAACUUUUGGAAACCAUGGUUGAUCAUCAUCUGCGCUUGCUGGUGCCGGACAAAAGCUUGCAGACAUUCAUGGCCCACAUGGAGCGAGCCCUAAGGAAGGACUGCAGCCUGCCCCAGCUCAAACUGGCCUGUGCCAAGAUGGUUUCAAAGACUGGGCUGCUUCUAAAGGUGCUCAGUGAGAGGCAAGAGAACCAGGGAGCCUCUGAUCCCAUGGGCCGGUGUCCUCUGCAAGAGAACAUCUCCAGGGGCACAGCUGUGGACGAGGAUCAGGAGCCCACAGAGAAGAAACCAGAGGACACAGAGGAAAUGGUCCUGUUCAUGGUUUUGUUAUUUCUCUUCGUUGUCAUUGCUGUGAUGCUGAAAACCUUCUUCCACAUGUACUUCCUGACCCAUGAAGGUGAUUCCCAACCCUGCCACAGCAGGGACUCGUGGCUGAGAAGGUUCUGUGUAAAACUGCCACAGAGAGUGAGGAAGGAUAACAAGGAAGCACAGAAUGUAGAGCAGAAAAGGGCAGAGAGCUCCUCCCAGUGCUGCCCAUUCUCCUUCAUUGCCUGUGCAUCCUUACUUUUAAAAGUCCUUCCCUUUCUUGAAGCUUUCUGGACGUAUUCUUGGUUCAAGAAAUCUGAAAUGCCAUUGGUUCAAUGCAUCACGGAUGUCUACGGAAGUGACAGAAAAGCAUAUCAGGAAGAGACAUAGUGUAAAGAACUUGAGUGACUGGAAGAUUUCAAGAGGCUGAAGAAGUUAACAGGAUGCCAACAACUCUUCACCUCCUGUUCUACAAUAGGAACUGCUGAGGCUCUCCUUGGAUGCUGCUUCGUUGGCUGUGGUUAUUUCCUUGGAUGCUUUUUCCUUGACUGUUAUUUUCUUGCUGUCACUGCUGAGGGAAGCCCAGAGGCUGCUGCAGGCAAUCAGAAGCUCGUGACCCCGAGAGGAGGCAUCAGUAUCUCAGGGUUUUCCUCAUCCCUUGUGGCAAAGUUUCUCCCUGCAUUCAAUAAAAACAAAAUUGUUCUUGUUC